CCCAGUAAUGCUUCCACUUGUCGCCAUUGUCGCGGUAACCAUUUCGCCCGUUGUGCCGUCCCCUGCUCAUGGUAUGUCCGGUCCGCUGCCUGGGGCCGCAGUACGGGCGAGUGCUUUGAUACUACCGCCGCCGGCGACCGCUGCUAUAAGUAUGCCUCCGGGUAAUACCGAUACUCCGCCUUGUACGUGCUCUUACCCCCUAGUUGUCGAGGUACCAAGCUGAUGCCCCGUAGUUCUGCCGCUUUCGAGCUCCCGGCCGUCCAUCUGAUCCGGGCCCGGAUCCAGGAUCUCGAUUCCUCCCGUGUAGGUAGUGCCGGAAAGCUGGU